CGUCCAACAUAUCGUGAGUACGUAUCGUAGCUGGCUCUGACUGAAACGCGCCGUCUCCGUUCAAUGCCAGUAUGCCGCCGCAGCAGAUCAUAGUGCCGUGGCUCUGCUUUCUUUUGAUGACUGUGUUAGUGCCGGAGGUGAGUGCUAUGGGGGGUCUGUGCCCCGCAGCGUGCACGUGUAAGUGGAAAGGUGGUAAACAAACUGUCGAGUGCAUGGAAAGAGGACUUAUUACGAUUCCUGACAGUAUAGAUCCCGAAACGCAAGUGCUCGAUUUGUCCGGAAACAAUCUGCAAAUCCUCCACCGCGAAACGUUCAACCGGACUGGAUUAAUCAAUCUUCAAAGAGUGUUUUUGAGAAGCUGUCGCAUCGGCCAAAUUGACAAUUUAGCCUUCAGGGGAUUAACGAAUCUAAUUGAACUUGAUCUGUCACAUAAUCUUCUUACUGGCAUACCGACAGGAACUUUCAAAGAUAUUCCUUUUCUGAGAGAUUUAAUUAUAUCUAAUAAUCCUAUCCAAAAAAUCGAAUCACAAGCUUUCCAAGCAGUUCAUGGAUUAGUUAAAUUAGAUUUGUCCAACUGUGAAAUCCAAAAUGUAGCCCCCAAAGCUUUCGAGGGAAUUGAAAUGCUGGAAUCCCUUAAAUUGAAUGGCAAUCGACUCUCCGAACUUCGCCUACGUACAGUAGAAACCCUUACCAGACUUCAUGGGGUUGAGCUCCAUGACAACCCCUGGCAUUGCGACUGUCGUUUACGAUCUGUCAAAGAAUGGUUAGUCAGAAAUAACAUUCCCUAUCCUGAGAAUCCAGUGUGUAGUGGUGGACCUGAAAGAGUUAUACAUAAGACAUUUGGUGAGCUUCAUAUCGACGAUUUCGCUUGCAAGCCAGAAAUACUGCCUGUGAGUAGAUACAUCGAAGCAGUAUCCGGUGAAAACGCUACUAUUACUUGCCGUGCCAACGCAGUACCUUCAGCUCACGUCAAAUGGUACUGGAACGGUAAACAGCUACUCAAUAAUUCCAUUUUCUCACCACAUCAAAUGAUACAUAUCUACGAAGAAGGCAAGCAAGAAAAAAGAAGCAAUUUAGUCAUAACCAACAUUCAAGAAGGUGAUCCUAGUGAGUUUUAUUGUGUUGCUGAAAAUCGUGCUGGUAGCUCCGAGGCUAACUUCACUUUGAGAGUGUCCCUUCGUCCUUUGGGAAUAACGUCUCUUGGUAACGGUCAGAUUGCAGGCCUUAGUGCUGCAUUAGUGUUCCUAAUCCUUUUUAUAUUGAUCGUCAUAUCUAUUUUACUGCUCAGACUCAGAAGACUGCCAUUCACUGAAAGCAAAACCCCCGGCCAAAUAGAGGUAGUGACAGUAGUUAACAACGGUCACAUUCCAAAUGGAAAAGCUGUUUCUCCAGUCAAUAGUCCAGAAGAAACUUCUUCUUUUUCCGAACGGAAACCUCCAGGGGAAUUGAAUUUUUGUAAUCCUGUCCAGAAACCACCUCGAUUGAAUGACAUUCCUUACUCUACUGUGCAUUAUAGUGGAAAUGGUAGUGUUGUUACUGGUUCUUGUUUCGUAUCUCCAUCGUCAACAUCCGGCAAUAAUCCUGACUUAAUAAAUGAUACCAAAGGUGGUGAGAUGGUACCUACGGCUGUAGAGAAUUUUGAUCGACCUCUCAGCGGAGAGUACAGUCGAAAUCCAGACUCAUUAUAUCCUUCUGGAUUGUGGGAUAGUGAACACGGUCCCUCCAAUGCCACCUUCCAGUAUAACGACAAAACACCUAUAAUGCACGACGGAACCAGCACGGGUGGUUCCAUCGAAGAACUGACUUUCCGUUUAGCUCAAGGUACUAACCGUCUAGCGGCCUACCCUUCGGAUUACGGUCUUCCAAUAGCAGAAACCAAAACUGAAAACAUAUCGAUACCUGCGUCUCAAGUGAACCUACCAGUAAACGCAAAGACUUUAAGAGUGUGGCAAAAAGGUGCUGUACCAGUAUUACCCCCAGUUACAGCUCUGAAAAGAGUGCUCACCAGCAAUAGGAACUCACCCGACGAAGGAUACCAAGAAGGUUGUGGUACCGAUGUUUAGACUUCUCGUUCCUAUGUGUGGAUUGUAUUAUCAAGGUUGCUCAACCAAGCAACUGAACAAGUGCUGUGAACGGAAUAUCUUGUAAAUAUUUAUUUCCCUGUGUGAUACUUGGCUCAUAGUCAAGAUAUUUGUGAAUAUUGUGAAUAUUUGUAGUUUUAAAGUUAAUGUUGACGAAUAUUGGAGUAUACAUGGUCAAAAGACUGAUUUAGAUAGAUUUUUUUAUAAAUGAAUAUGUUUCUCGAUAUUCUUGGUUUUUGGGGUACGUAUUCUAAUAUUAGGAAACUGUACUUCUUGAGUAUUACGGACUUAUAUAAUCAAUACCUAUGUCAAAGAGAUUGUAUGAAUGUUAUAUCUGGUCAUAGAUAAUAUAGGUUUUUAUUGUUA